UUCCUAUCCCGUGGUUACCUGUUAGGGUUUAGGGUUCAUACACAACUAUAUACACGUUCUGCUUCUUCUCCGGACGCUGCAGAUUCGUUUCAAAGAGAGAGAGAGAGAGAGAGAGUGAGAGAGCGAGAGCCAUGGUGCACGUCUCCUUCUACAGGAACUAUGGGAAGACCUUUAAGAAGCCUCGUCGUCCCUACGAGAAGGAGCGGUUGGAUGCUGAGCUGAAGCUCGUGGGUGAGUAUGGGCUUCGGUGCAAGAGGGAGCUUUGGAGGGUUCAGUAUGCUCUGAGCCGCAUUCGUAAUGCAGCAAGGAUGCUUCUUACCCUUGAUGAAAAAAAUCCCCGCCGGAUCUUUGAAGGUGAAGCUCUUCUACGAAGAAUGAACCGUCAUGGACUUUUGGAUGAGAGUCAGAAUAAGCUCGAUUAUGUCUUGGCCUUGACUGUGGAGAACUUCCUUGAGCGCCGCCUCCAAACACUUGUGUUCAAGACGGGUAUGGCAAAGUCCAUUCACCAUGCCAGGGUCCUCAUCAGACAGAGGCAUAUCAGGGUUGGAAGGCAGGUGGUGAACAUCCCAUCUUUCAUGGUAAGAGUGGACUCUCAGAAGCACAUUGAUUUCUCACUCACGAGUCCUCUGGGCGGCGGGCGCCCUGGUAGGGUAAAGAGAAGGAACCAGAAGGCAGCUGCCAAAAAGGCUGCAGGGGGAGAUGGAGACGAAGAGGAGGAAGAAUGAGGCGGGCUGACAAUGGUGGUAAUAAUAGGGUUUGUCUGUUGCCAUCCUAUUUUGGUAUAAUUUAGUUAAUUCAGUUUUGGCCUUUUGAUUUGAUGGGAGACUUGGUGGUACUGGUAUUUGGAAAGCAUGUUUUUGAUUGCAUUUUGCUAUCUGGAUAAUAGUUGAUUCAACAAAUUUAAUGAAUUUCUUUGUCUUUUUGGUGAGGAA